CUUUGUGCAGACGGAAAGCUACAGUUGACGAAGAUCUUUGCUACAGCUUCAACGGCGGCGUGGCAUUUUCCCGUCUCGGUAAUGACCGACCUACGAAAGUAUUUACUAUAUCAAAAUUUCCGUUGAGGCGAACGAACGAACGAGCAAAUUGUCGACUGCCUCGACUUGAUUUCGAUUCUCCUCAUUAUGUGCUCAAAACCUUCAUUGAAUCAAGCUUAUGUGCCUGCCACAGGUAAUGCUAGGUUUGACGAAAUUGAUGAACAUUUGAAACGGAACGGACGCCAAUGUGGUAUUUGUGGCCAUUGGAAAAUAAACUUGAACCGGCAUGUUUUGACGCAGCAUAGUGGAUCCAUGCACUCCCUGCUCUCAAAUGGCGAAGCUACUCGUGACAAGCGCAAAUAUAUACUACAACGUCAAAAAUACGAGAGGUUGAAAGCAGAUUUGCCACCAAAGUUGCUAGCUCUUGUCCGCCAGAUGAAAGAGUCGCGGCCUCCAAAGAUUCGAUAUUUCGGUGGCUACUUUCUGAAGGGACCACUAGGGGGCCGAGAGGUGACAGGUCUGCCGCGGUAUUUUGAGCAGUCUGGUAGAUUGAAGUACUGCUACAUGGAUAUUGUAAACAAGUCCGAAUCCAGUCUAAGAAGCCGAGAUAUAGUGGAAAGAACCUGCAACAUGUCAGCUGCGCAACCAUUCCCCAACAGGUCAUGGUACAGAGGUUCUGACCUCAAGGUCACAACCUUGGUCUCCACUAAUGUUUGGACGCCGGACAAAUAUCCAGACUGGAAGGGGCCUCCUGGAUUCCUUGCUGGCCUAGAUCCCACCUGGAUUCCCAGCCAUCUCCGCCAGUGUGCUUUUUGCGAAACCGCGGUGUGCGAUUGCAUUUUUAAAAUUGUGCGUCAGGAUGGACCAUCCAUUAAGGCAACACCGAACAUGGGCGAAGGAGCUUGGGCAAGAACCGACUACGAGACUGGCGAGCUUUUGGGCGAGUUGGUGGGUGAAAUAGCGCCCAUUGGAUAUUAUACCGAUGGCUGGGCAGCCGACCUCUCCCGCGACGACCUUUCUCCGGACGGCAAGAACGUUAUAUGGUGUCAGAUAUAUCCCCGCUAUAUUGGAAACUGGGUACGCAAAGUCAACCAUUCUUGCGAGUCUAAUUGCAAAUUUGUAUCGAUCAACAUCUCGGGAAGGUGGCGUGUGAUGCUGCAAGCAACUCGUGAAAUCAAGCACGGGAGUUGGAUUCUUGUUGACUACGGAAAGGAAUAUUGGGCGGAAAAUCAUUCAUGUCUUUGUGGCAGCCAGUCAUGUAUUAGCAAUCAGGAUGCGGGGGCAAAAGAGACAUAGCCUGGGAGGAACAGCCUAUAUGUAGUAAAGGGAAUCAUUCGCCCGGUUAUGGGCCUUUCU